AUGGCAACCAGUAUCUCAGUGGAGCAGGACCAGUUCAGCUGUACAAUCUGUCAGGAUCUACUGAAGGAUCCGGUGACUAUUCCCUGCAGACACAGUUACUGUAUGGACUGUAUUAAGGGCUGCUGGGAUCAGGAUGAUCAAACUGGUGUCUACAGCUGUCCCCAGUGCAGGCAGACCUUCACUCCAAGGCCGGUUCUGGGCAGAAACACCAUACUGGCUGAAGUGGUGGAGAAGCUGAAGAGUACAGGACUCCAAGCUGCUCCUCCUGCUCACUGUUACGCUGGACCUGGAGACGUGGAUGAACACAGAGGCCACGAUACAGUCUCAGCUGCAGCAGAAAGGACUGAGAAACAGAAACACCUGGGGGCAACACAAAAGGAAUCCCAGCAGAGCAUCCAGGAGAGAGAGAAGGAGCUGCAGGAUCUGAGACAGGCUGUGGAGUCACUCACGCGCUCUGCACAGUCAGCAGUGGAGGACAGCGAGAGGAUCUUGACUGAGCUGAUCCGCUCCAUUGAGAGAAGGCUCUCUGAGGUGAAAGAGCUGAUCAGAGAUCAGGAGAAGGCUGCAGUGAGUCAGGCUGAAGGAGUCAUGGAGCAACUGGAGCAGGAGAUUGCUGAGCUGAAGAGGAGAGAUGCUGAGAUGGAGCAGCUUUCACACACAGAGGAUCACAUCGAUUUCCUCCAGAGAGAACUGACAGACCAAGAGCAGAGGAACGUGCAGCUGUAG